AUGCAUGUUGAACUUGGAAUAGAAAAAAAAGCUAUUAGUCAAUAUAUUCGACGUAACAAUGAAAUAACCCUUAAUGAAAUCAAAGAAAAGUUAUCGACAACAUAUCAUUCAUCAGCAUCUACAACAACAAUACGUCGUCAUCUUCGUGAAUAUGGUUAUAGAAAUGUUUUACCAAAAAGUACUCAUAUGUUAACAUCGGAUGAUAAAAACCGACGUGUACAAUGGGCUAAACAGCAUCAAAAUGAUGAUUUUAAACGUACAAUCUUUACCGAUGAAUCUUCAUUUCAACUCUUUCGUAAUACUAUUCGUCGUUGGACAAAACAUCCAAAAAAUGAAUCAAAAUGUGCACCUAAAAAUAGUGAACAAAUAAAAUAUUGA